AUGGAUUACAAAUCACUCACAAUCAGUAUUGCAGUCACCAUCGCAGUUGCCAUAUUGGCGAACCAUGUAGUUUCAACGAGAGGCUUUUCUGGACAGAAAGAAACAGAGCAGAUGGCAGAGGUCAAAACCAUUAAUAAGCAUGCUACCGCCAAGACUAUAAAGACAAAAUUUGGGGACAUCUUUGAUUGUGUGGAUAUACACAGACAACCAACUCUUUUACAUCCUUUGCUUAAGAAUCACAAAAUUGAGAUGAGGCCUGGUUCAGCUUUGCAUGGAAAUUUGAAAAAUUCUUCAUUCAGCACCGAGUCUUCCUCAUCAACUAAUGUUGCAAAACUAGUUGGGUUGGGAAAAGGGUGUCCUAAAGGAACCGUUCCCAUCCGAAGGACAGUUGGGAAAGAAAACAUGAUCAGAUCCUUUGACUAUAAUAAGUUUGGGAAAAACCUAUCAAUAGAUUUUCCCAUCAAAGAAUCGGGUGGCACUGGUUAUGAUUAUGCUGGAAUCGUUCUGCGCCCGGAGAGUGGGAAGUUGAUUAAAGGCGCGGCUGCAAACUUGAUUAUAUACCAACCAAAGGUGAAAGACCACCAAUUUAGCGGAGCAAUCAUUGAGGUUUCAAAUGGAAUGCCUGGUAAUGCAGGCGCUAUCCACCUAGGUUGGAUGGUCGACCCUCUUUAUUUCGGAGACGGUCAACCAAGAUUGUUCGCAGCUUGGGCUCAAGCAAGCAAUGGGAAAAUAUCAGGAUGCUAUAAUAUGGAUUGUCCUGGCUUUGUUCAAGUAAAUCGCUACGCCACUUUUGGUUCUACUUUUAGCCAUGUUUCAGUAAUUAACGGGCCGCAAUAUGGAACCCACAUGAGUUUGACCGUGGAACCAAGUGGAAAUUGGUGGGUCAACAUUCGAAAUGUUGGGAUUGGCUACUUUGCGAACGAGUUCUUCACUGGAUUAAGGGCUGGUGCCGAUUUGACGCUCUGGGGAGGAACGGUGUACAGCCCCUUCCCUUCCUCUCCUCCGAUGGGAAGUGGUCUUGAAUAUAACGGCGGUCCUUUCCGUCGAACAUGUUACAUGAACCAAGUUGGGUAUGUUAAUCAAGAUGAUGGGCAUCGGUACAGUGACCCCAACCCAUCCUCUGUGCAGGUAAAGGAAUCUCGCUGCUAUCUUGUUGGCAAAAAUCGUUAUGUAGAUGAUAAGUGGCGCUACACUUUCUUCUUUGGGGGUGAAGGUGGUGAUUUUCACAGUUGUCGUUAUUGAAGGAUUAAAUAAGAAAGAACCAUUUCAAUAACAUGACAAAUAUCACCUUAACAAAUGCAGUUUGGUCUCGUUUAAUUCCUUUUCUUUUUUCUUUUUGAAGCAAA